GGAAGUUUCUAAACUGGAGGCGUGUAAGGGGCUGUUGAGGGGCUUCUGAUUACAGCCCGGCCGCGGGCGUCACCCUUCCUCUUGGCUGCUGGGGACCCUGCUCAGCUUCUAGGUCUCUGAAAAGUUUGGAUUUGGGGGGGCACCUUCACUGGGACAUGUUGUCCUCCAGGGAUCUUAAGAGGAAGAGGGGGGAGUUGACUGCAUGGACGCGGGUUGUGCUACUGCUGCCCUUGGCUCUACUUCUGCCCGCCGUGCCCGGGGGCUGCCUGAGCCGGCAAGAGCUCUUCCCCUUCGGACCCGAGCAUGGGGACCAGGAGUUGGAAUCUGGGGACGACUCCGUCUCCCCAGCCCUGGAGCUCCGUCUGCGAAUCCACUUCUAUGACAAACACGACGUCUCCUCCGUCUAUGUCAUUACCAAUGGCAUCAUUGCCAUGAGUGAACCUCCUCUUGAAGAAAUCAGCCCUGGUCGAUUUCCACCUUCCUUUGGAGCUGUUGCACCCUUCCUGGCUGACCUUGACACGACAAAUGGUGGAAAGGUUUAUUAUCGGGAAGACUCUUCUCCUGCUGUGGUUCAGUUAGCUGCGGAUUGUGUUGGAAAAGGUUUCCCUGAGGUCUCUUUCCAACCCAAGAGUGUGGUGGUGGUCACUUGGGAAUCCAUGGCUCCUUACCAAGGGUCAGAAAGGGACCCUACCCAGGAAGGCAAGAGAAACACAUUCCAGGCUGUCUUAGCUUCUUCUGACUCCAGUUCGUACGCCAUUUUCCUUUACCCAGAAGAUGGUUUGCAGUUCUACACCACAUACUCCAAGAAGGAUGAAAACCAAGUUUCUGCUGUGGUUGCAUUUAGUCAAGGCUUAGUGGGUUUGUUUUGGAAAAGCGAUGGUGCCUACAACAUAUUUGCUAAUGACAGAGAAUCCAUUGAAAAUCUGGUCAAGAGUAGCAAUGCAGGACGUCAAGGCGUCUGGGUUUUCGAGAUUGGGAGCCCUUCCACUGCCAGUGGUGUGGUGCCAGCUGAUGGCAGUCUUGUAUCUGAUGGUACAGAGUAUGAAGAUGAGGAAGAUGAAGACUAUGACCUGGUGAGCGUGUCUGAGAGGUCCUUGGGCUUGGAGGAUGUGGGCACCACAAUUGACCCCUACGCUAUCCCCAGGAGGGGAGAUGAAGACACAUAUGAUUUGUUAAAUCCCAUCUCCCCACGUCAUGCCAAUACGGAGAGACCACCUCUGGAAGAAUCUGUUGUGGUGGAUCAGUACCCGGAUCCUUCUACUAGGGGAACCAAGUCACUAUUGUACCCAGCUGAGGGAUUUCCCCAGCAGCAUCCACAGGUCAUAGAUGUAGAUGAAGUAGAGGAAACAGGGAUUGUUUUUAGGUACAACACUGAUUCUCGACAGACCUGUGCCAAUAACAGAUACCAGUGCUCCAUUCAUUCACAAUGCAGAGACUACCCAACAGGUUUUUGUUGCCAUUGUGUCGCUGGAUACACUGGGAAUGGUAGACAGUGCGUUGCAGAAGGUUCUCCCCAGCGAGUUAAUGGUAAAGUAAGAGGAAGGAUCUUUGUAGGGAAUAGUCAAACUCCAAUUGUUUUUGAGAACACCGACCUCCAUUCUUAUGUUGUGAUGAACCAUGGGAGAUCCUACACAGCCAUCAGCACCAUUCCUGAGUCUUUGGGCUAUUCUCUGGUACCUCUGGCUCCCGUGGGAGGCAUCAUUGGAUGGAUGUUUGCCGUUGAGCAGGAAGGAUUCAAGAAUGGAUUCAGCAUCACUGGAGGAGAAUUCACUCGUCAAGCUGAAGUGACUUUUGUUGGGCACCCGGACAAGAUGGUUAUAAAACAGAAAUUCAAUGGCAUCGACGAGCAUGGCCACCUGACCAUCACUACAGAGUUGGAUGGACGUGUCCCUGAGAUCCCAUUUGGCUCCACUGUCCAGAUAGAACCCUACACUGAGCUCUACCACUAUGCCAACUCUGUUAUCACAUCCUCUUCCACCCGGGAGUAUAAAGUGACUGAACCUGCUCAGGGUGGGAUUGCUUCUUCACAUACCUACACUUACCAGUGGAGGCAGACCAUUACCUUCCAGGAAUGUACUCAUGAGGAUCCUCGACAGCCUCUUCCUCCCACCCAGCAACUUUCUGUGGACAGUGUUUUUGUCCUAUACAAUAAGAAUGAGAAGAUCUUGAGAUAUGCUUUGAGCAAUUCAAUUGGUCCUAUUGGGGAUGGCUCCCCUGACUCUCUUCAGAAUCCUUGCUACACGGGUACCCACGGUUGUGACACGAAUGCAGCAUGCCGUCCGGGUCCUGGAAGUCAAUUCAUUUGUGAGUGCUCCAUUGGCUUCCGAGGAGAUGGACAGAUUUGCUAUGAUAUUGAUGAAUGCUCAGAACAGCCAACAGCCUGUGGAAGCAAUGCUAUCUGCAAUAACCAACCAGGGACCUUCCGUUGCGAGUGUAUUGAGGGUUAUCGGUUUUCUGAUGAGGGCGUGUGUGUGGCUAUUAUUGAUGAUCGCCCUAUCAACUACUGUGCAACCGGCCUCCACAAUUGUGACAUCCCCCAGCGGGCACAAUGCGUGUACACUGGAGGUUCCUCCUACCACUGUUCCUGUUUACCUGGCUUCUUAGGAGAUGGGCAUGCCUGCCAAGAUGUAGAUGAAUGCCAACAAAAUCGUUGUCAUCCAGAUGCUUUCUGUUACAACUCUCCAGGCUCCUUUGUUUGCCAAUGUAAGCCUGGAUAUCAGGGCAAUGGUUUCCAGUGUGUACCAGGAGAAGUAGAGAAAACCAGAUGCCAGCGUCAGAGAGAACAUAUUCUAGGAGCAUCGGGUGCCACUGACCCAAGACAGCCUAGACCUGUGGGGCAAUUUGUUCCUGAAUGUGAUGAACAUGGGCAUUAUGUACCAAUGCAAUGCCAUCACUCCAGUGGGUACUGCUGGUGCGUGGAUCGAGAUGGGAAUGAGAUUGAUGGUACUAGGACCGGCCCUGGAAUGAGACCCCCAUGUCUGAGCACAGUUGCUCCUCCAGUCCACCCCGGACCUUCAGUUCCUCCAGCUGUAAUCCCUCUCCCCCCUGGGACACACUUACUCUUUGCCCAGACUGGGAAAAUAGAGCGUCUCCCACUAGAAGGAAAUAAUAUGAAGAAAACUGAGGCCAAGGCUUUACUUCACGUCCCAGAUAAAGUUAUUAUUGCACUUGCCUUUGACUGUGUGGAUAAGGUGGUUUACUGGACAGACAUCAGUGAACCUGCCAUUGGGAGAGCCAGUCUUUAUGGUGGAGAGCCAACAACCAUCAUCAAACAAGAUCUUGGAAGUCCAGAAGGACUUGCUCUUGAUCAUCUAGGUCGCAACAUUUUCUGGACUGAUUCUCAUCUGGAUAGAAUAGAAGUGGCAAAGCUUGAUGGCAGCCAGCGCCGAGUGCUCUUCGAGACAGAUCUGGUGAACCCCAGAGGCAUCAUAACGGAUUCUAUUAGAGGAAACCUUUAUUGGACCGAUUGGAACAGAGAAAAUCCUAAAAUUGAAACUUCCUACAUGGAUGGCACCAACAGAAGGAUCCUUGUGAAAGAUGACCUGGGAUUGCCCAAUGGGUUGACUUUUGAUACUUACAGUUCACUGUUAUGCUGGGUAGAUGCAGGCACCAAUCGGGUGGAAUGCAUGAACCCCAGUCAUCCCGGCCAGCGCAAGAUCCUUGAAGGGCCCCAGUAUCCUUUUGCUGUUACAAGCUAUGGGAAGAAUUUGUAUUACACAGACUGGAAGACGAAUUCUGUAGUGGCAGUGGAUCUCGCUAUCUCCAAAGAGACGGACAGCUUCCAUCCUCACAAACAGACCCGGCUGUAUGGCAUAACAACAGCUUUUUCUCAGUGUCCCCAAGGCCACAACUACUGCACGGUGAAUAAUGGAGGCUGCACUCAUCUCUGUUUGGCUACCCCAGGAAGCAGGUCCUGUCGAUGUCCUGACAACACCCUGGGGGUUGACUGCAUAGAGAGGAAGUAAUACACUGGAAACAAAGAAAAGAAAGGAAUGCCACUCACAUUCACCACAUUUUCAACUGCAACACCCUACCUUGGCAUGGGCCAGACUGCAACCAAUCUUUCAGAGUCAAGUUGUAAUUGACCCAGUGACCAACACAACCUGGGGACCUUCAGUGUUCCCUUUGUCACUUAAAAAAUAGAUCCUGCGCUCUCUGUAAUAGGAAAGCCUCACUCCAUAUUCUAGAACCUUAAGACCCUCUUGAUGGAGGCUCCUGGAGAAAUGGGUGAAGCCCUGCAGCUGUUUGUUGUCUGGCUUCUUGAAUCCCUCUCAGCCCCUUGAUACACAACCAGCCUGAGCCAAUUUAGGAAGAAUUGUGGGGUAGGCUAGGUUUCUCUGUGCUGGCCUCUCACUUCCCUUCCAGGUGCUCUCUUUUCCUGUUUCAUUGCCCCCUCCCUCUCGUAUACCUCUUCCAACAAAUUCAGUUCCCUCAUGCUGCCAACUAUUAUAAUGUCUUAUAUAGGCCCCUUUUGGUCUACUCUUUACUCCUGGACCAAGAAAACCUUGUCUUUGUCCCCUUCCCAUUUCCCUGGGAAUUCUAUUGUCUGCUGGGGAAUUGGUGUCACCUGUCCCCAGUAAGAUGUUAGCAUUUUAACAGUCCUGUGAGAUAGACCGAGCCUUAAUCCAAAUGAAGGAAUAGAAAAGUAGAUAUUUUAGGCCAAUAAGAUAGACAUUUAGGAGUAAGAGGAUUCUUUGGCAUUCCUCAAGCCACACCAGCAACUACCUACUCUAACGCAUCUACCCACAUGUAGCCAACACCAAUAAUCCAGUAUUCCAAGACAUGGAAUGUAAGAGCUGGAAGGGUUAUCUUGGGUCUAACUUUUCAAUUUUACAGAUGGGGAAACUGAGCCCCAGAGAGAUUUAUAUAGGCGAUGAUUCAUUCCUUGUCUCAACAUUUUAUACAAGUGCUCCAUUCCUGGGUUGCAGAUUUCUCUAGCACCAAGGCCAGGAAACAAAUGCCAUGAAGAUCACCUCUUCCUCCUAUACCUGGUCCAUUUAUGCACAGACUAACCUUCCUCAUAGUUAAAACUCUCCCCAGAUCUGCUUUUCCUCCUACUUUGAUUUCUCUGAUUUCAAGUGCCUUAUUCAGUGCUCUCACUCACUACGUGGAUGGGCCUUGCUGGCCUUCCAUCUUCUCAUUCUUGAAGGAUGAGUCCUGUCUUCUCAUUUUAGGAGAAAAACUGUGGAAUUGAUGAUGUCUCUGAGGGAGGCAGAUGACUGAGAAGUUGCGGGGGGGGGGGGGGGGGGAAGAUGUGAAUGGUCUCUUUUUUAGCAUAUGGCGCUGGGCACAUCUCAGCGAUUUGGACAUCGCAGGAGGCAUCCCAGGAAAUGUAUAGCCAUAACAAUUUCAAUUAAGCAUUUAUUAUGAACCUAUUAUAUGCUAAUCUCUGUUAUCAUUGUGCUGUGCAAACCGUAAAUACUUCAUAAAUAUAAACUAAAUUGAACUAGUUUAAAGAACUUAAUUCUUAAUUGUUCAUUGAUGGGGCCUUUUAGGGCCCUUGCCCCUUUUUUAUCUCCAGGAAUUAGCACAGUGCCCAGCACAUAGUAGGCACUUAAUAAAUGUUUAUUGAUUGAUUGCCCCAUUUAUAGUGUGUUUUCUGUGAUUGGAUCAAAGAUGCUCUUUUAGCUAUUUGAGUAGCUAGCAUUGGAUUCUUAUAUCAUCUACUCUUCAGAGGCCAGUAACUAAUACCACUGUAGAAAUAUGGGUCCAAAACCGAGUUCCUGAAGUUGGGGGGGGGGGUGGAGUUGAUGACAUAAAGAAUAGGGACUUUAAAGCUUUAGAAGGGAAUGUAGUCAUUGAUUAAAUAGCUUUAGACAAAAAGCCAGAAAGGCAAAAAGAAUGAGUGUUAAUGUUAUCAACAAAGAAAACUCAGUAAGUUCUGAGGUGAAGGGAUCCAUAUGCCAAAGAAUAUUCACACACACACACUCUCUCUCUCUCUCUUACACUUGCCCUGGCAGUGCCAUGGAAGAUAAUCAGUUAAGUGCCAAAUGAAUAAUAUAGUAAGUUCUGUAGGAGUCCAAAGAGGACAAUGGACUAAGUUGUUAAGGAAAGACUUCAUGGAAGAAGUGGGCCAUGACAGAUGGCCAGAACUUGAAGAGGGGGAAAGGCAUAGAGUUGGAAAUUCAUAGAGUCAAGGACAAGUACAGUGUAUUUGAAGGACAGUCAGCAGAUCGGUGUGGGCAAAACAGAGUUUGUAUGAGGAAGUAAUGAGAAGUAACAUUAAAAAGAUAGCUUGGUAUCAGGUUGUAGAGAGCCUCAAAUGCCAAAGAAAGGAAUUUGGACUUUAUUUUUGAAGGUAAAGAAGAGCCUUCAAAGUGUUGGGGGGCAGGGGUUCAUCCUCUGAACAGGAUAAUGAAAUAAGGUAAUGAUACUUGGAAGAAGAUUAAUCUGGCAGUAGCGUGUAGGAUGGACUUGGAAGGAGAGGGGAAUGAAUGUAAACGGGGAGAAGAAUUAUGAGAUGACUGCAGUAACCCAAGCAUGAUGCUAAGGGCCUAGUUCAGAGGGAUGUUACUUGUCAGUCCAUUAAGAGAGAUUCCUGUUUAGAUGUCAGUUGGAGUAAAUGACUCCUGGGGUCCCUAACAAUGCUAAGAGCUGUUUUCAAAUUUUCUUUUCAUAACUGUAUAAGCCAGAAAGGGUUUGUAGCCUGCCCCCCCCACCCCCAUCCCACUCCCCGCCACGGGGUGGCCCUUGGAGACAAAGACCUUUAAGACUCAGAGCAGUUAAGCUAUAACGACAGAAUAACAAGUGGGUUUUUCUGUCACGGGAGGUCUUCAAGCAAAGACAGGAUGAUUAUUUCUAGAGGAUGAUACAAAGGAGACUCAUGCCUCAAGUCUAGAUUGUGCUAAAUGAACUUUGAGGUCUACUCCAGCCCUGAAAUUCUAUAACAAUGAUUUUUUCCUUCUCAAGAAUGGCCUUACCAUAAUCAUCUCCCCUCUAUGCUCACUCCAGUUCCCUUUUCUUUUCCCCUUUCUCUUUCUAUGCAUCUAUAGAAGCAGAACCUUAGGACCCAGGUGAGAAGAGAACCUUUCCUUAAAGAUGAUAAGUAUAGUUUUAGUUUGUGAUACAUCUCCAAGAAGCACAAGAUUGGGGAACCUUUUGGUCCCUCCAGUAGUGUUGGGGUUGAUUUGAGGCCUAUCCUACAGAUGAGAUUCCUUUUGAUUUAUAUUUAUCAAAACAUAUCCAGCUCUAUAUAAAGUGUUCUUCAUGAUUUUGUAUAACUUUUAUAACUUCAUUUUAUUCAUAUUUUAUCAGAUACAGUUUUCACAAGAAACUUAAAAGCUGUCAAUUCUAAAAAAUGUGCAGAACAUUGAAGGUGCUUAAUAACUGUUCCCCCAAAGUUAUGCAAUUAUCAGGUGAUUCCCUAAAGUUUACAUCUGUACCACUAAUAGUGCAGAGAAUAAUAAAGUGGGGUUUUUUUGUACAAAAAAAAAAA